AUGGGUGAUCGUGUGGAUAUGGUUUGUGAGUUGGACAACGUGGAGGAAAGUAUUUCACCUAAAAGAAGAAAUAUUCCAGGUAAAUUGAUACAGAGCCGUCAGAAGACCAUGAUUAUCAACAUGUAUAAGGACAUGAAAUUGAAGUCUCCGAGUAAGCCGUACAAGGAAAUGAUGGUUGAAAUGUCAAAUAUUACAGGUAUUGGUCGCAAUUCGAUAGUUUCAAUUAUUUCUGAAUACAAAAAAACCGGAACUGUUAUGUCUCCUAAUAAGACAUGUAAUAAGAAGUGUCUGUUCAAUCGCAUUGACGAUUUAGAUCGUAAUGCACUUCGUCAAAAAGUUCAUUCCUUUUGGUUGAGAAAAGAAAUACCAACCAUCGACAAAAUUUUGCAUGCGGUGAAUGAAGAUCCUGCCCUUCCCGAUUUCAAACGCACUUCGUUGUAUUCGUUGAUAAAGAAAUUGGACUUUGUCUUCACCAAGAGGAAAAGAUGCAGCGUGUUGACGGAGCGAGAAGAUCUGUUGGUUUGGCGUCAGAAUUAUUUGUACGGUGUACGUAAAUAUAGAAAAGAAGGUCGUACCGUCUACUAUCUAGACGAAACGUGGCUAAAUGCAGGUGAUUGUGUUGACAAAGUGUGGGUCGACCAGACAAUUCGGUCAAAACAUGACGCUUUUAACAAAGGUCUGACAACAGGUGUUACGAACCCGACUGGCAAGGGCAAACGUUUGAUAAUUGUACACAUUGGCUCGCACAAAGGUUUUGUAGAUGGUGGUCUGUUAUUUUUUGAAUCAAAAAAAAAUAGUGCAGACUACCAUGACAAAAUGAAUGGUGACAACUUCCACGAAUGGUUUAAGUCAAUUCUUCCACGCCUUGAUCCAGACUCGGUAAUUGUGAUGGACAAUGCCCCGUAUCACUCGGUCAGGACAGAAAAAAUACUGACAUCCAGCACAAAAAAAGAAGACAUUAUAUCGUGGUUAAUUUCAAAAAACGUUGUCAUUGACCGAAAAAUGUUUAAACCACAAUUACUGGCGAAGGUCAAAGAAAUAAAGGGGCAGUAUAUGUCAUAUAAUGUCGAAAGUAUGGCCAAAGACGCCGGGCAUAAUGUAUUGAGAUUACCACCCUACCAUUGCGAAUUGAACCCGAUAGAAUUGGCAUGGGCAAUGGUUAAGGGCUACGUCAAACAGCACAAUACGACAUACAAAAUCGAUGACGUUAAGCUCCUUCUGAACACGGCAAUUGAACGGGUCACCAGCGAAAAUUGGCAACAUUUUCUUCAACAUGUCAAAACAGAGGAGGAUAAAAUGACAGAAGUAGACGAAAAUAUGGAUGAAAUUAUAGACAAUUUAGAACCCUGUGUUCUCACCAUAACAGGCGAUACUUCCAAUUCUGACGAUGACUUGUAA